UUAUCGCUCGCCGCCCAGAGCCUGCUCCCGACGCUGGAGAACAGCGGGGAGGGCACAACCUGGGGGCCAGGGGCUGGAGCCCGGCGUUCCUCCCUCGGGGCUCCCUGUCUGCAGCGGGGCGGCAGUUCCCCUCCCCGGGGCGCUCUCUCCGUGCUCCCCACCCCGACUGGGCUGCUCUUCCUCGACGGCAGCCGCCCCUGCGCUCCUGCCUCCGCGAACGAGAGAGGCGCGGCGGCCGGGGACCAAAGCACCCACCCGGGGCGAGCGCGCCGGAUGCUGGAGGGGCUCGGCGCGGGCCGGUCCCCGCGGGGGCGGUGGGGCGGAGGAGGAAGGAGGACCGGGGGGCGCCCGACGGCGCGGGCCACUGCCCGGGAGCCGCGGAGCUGCGGCGCCUGCGGUGGAGCGGCGGAGCAGCAGCAGCUUCGCGGCGCGUGGAGGGCAGCCCCGUCCCGUCCCGCGCCGUGUUCCCGUCCCGCUAUGCCGCCGGUGCCCGCGCCGCCAUGGGCCGCCUCCCCGCUGUACCUCUGCUGCUGCAUCGCGCUGUGGCCCGCGGCGGGCACAGGAAGCCCGAGUACAGCUUGACGGCUGCGCCGAGGGCAGCUGCCUACCCGGCCACAGGCGAACUUGCUCUCGGCCGCGCCGCCCGCCUCUCCGCCUCCUCCACUCUGCGGCCUCUCCGCCAGCCGGAGCCUACUUGCAAUCGUGAGCACCUCCAGGAGGACAAAAAAUGUUUCAUAUGUGACUCUGAGGAUCCCUUCCAUGAGACUCAAAAUCCUGACAGUCAUCGCAUUGAAAAUGUUGUCACCACGUUUGCUCCAAAUCGCCUGAAGCUCUGGUGGCAGUCGGAAAAUGGGUUGGAAAACGUGACUAUCCAGCUGAACCUGGAGGCUGAGUUUCAUUUCACUCAUCUCAUUAUGACCUUCAAGACAUUCCGUCCUGCUGCAAUGUUGAUUGAAAGAUCGUCUGACUUUGGAGAGACAUGGCAAGUUUAUAGGUAUUUUGCAUAUGACUGUGAGAGCUCAUUUCCUGGGAUUUCAACUGGACCCAUGAAGAAAGUGGAUGACAUAAUUUGUGAUUCCCGAUACUCUGACAUCGAACCUUCAACGGAGGGAGAGGUAAUAUAUCGUGUUUUAGAUCCUGCUUUUAGAAUUGAAGAUCCAUACAGUCCAAGGAUUCAAAACCUGUUAAAGAUUACGAAUCUGAGAGUCAAAUUCGUCAAGCUGCACACACUGGGAGACAAUCUCUUGGACUCUAGGAUGGAGAUCCGAGAGAAGUACUACUAUGCCAUCUACGACAUGGUGGUGCGUGGGAACUGUUUCUGCUAUGGACACGCCAGUGAGUGUGCACCAGUGGAGGGCUUAGAUGAAGAAGUGGAAGGAAUGGUCCAUGGGCACUGCAUGUGCAGACAUAAUACCAAAGGAUUAAACUGUGAACAGUGUUUGGAUUUCUACCAUGACUUACCCUGGCGCCCCGCUGAAGGUCGCAAUAGUAAUGCAUGCAAAAAGUGCAACUGCAAUGGCCACUCCAGCCAGUGCCACUUCGACAUGGCUGUGUACAUGACGACAGGGAACACCAGCGGAGGCGUGUGUGACGACUGCCAGCACAACACUAUGGGACGCAACUGCGAGCAGUGCAAGCCCUUCUACUUCCAGCACCCAGAAAGAGAUCUGCGGGACCCUGACGUCUGUGAGCCUUGCAACUGUGACCCAGCUGGCUCCCAAAAUGGUGGCAUCUGCGAUCGCUACACUGAUUUCUCCACUGGCCUCAUUGCCGGACAGUGCCGUUGUAAAUUGUUUGUUGAAGGGGAGCGUUGUGACCUCUGCAAGGAAGGUUUUUAUGGCCUGAGUGCCGAUGACCCAGCGGGUUGUCAGUCUUGUGCAUGUAAUCCUCUGGGUACCCACCCCGGGGGGAAUCCUUGUGAUUCGGAGACAGGAAACUGCUAUUGUAAGCGUCUGGUGACAGGAAAGCAGUGCAAUCAAUGCCUG